ACGAAAACAUUAAGUUCGUUGAGUUCCUUCUUCCUUCGAAUUUCAAAGCAGGAUUUCCGUUAAUUUUCGUCCAACGACUGUUUCGUAACGUAAAAAACAUCAACUUGUUAAUUAAGCAGAAUUAUGAUAACCAAAUUACGAUUAUGACUUUCUUUAUGAGUAUUUGGAUCUUUGGUGCAGUUUCUAACUGUCGCUGAAUGUCUCCUUCCGGUCAACCUUCGAGAAUUUUCGGAUGCUGCAAUAGCAUUUUUUCUUGAAAGAGUUCAUUCAUCACCCACACAACCUCACCAAAUUCAUCUCGUAGUUUACUUUUGUUUCCCAACUCAGCUGCAUGCAAAAUAUUCUCAAUAUCAAUAAAAGUGUGCAUGUAAACUAUAACUAGACGAAAAUGUCUUGCCAAUCUCUAGACACUCAAACUCCUGACUUAUUGAGCCUUACACCGGCGACUAAAGCAAAUAUUAUUCAACCAAUUCAUGCAUGGGGAAGACUGUAUUCUACUUAUCUUCAUCUUAGUCCAGUUGAUUUAGAGGUUGAAUCAUACAGCCUAGGAAGAGCUGAAUCCUGUGAUAUAAUCAUAACUCAAGAUAACAUUCCAAUACAUAGAAUUGUGGCAAUCAGCAAGGUGCAUUUUGUCAUCACCAAGGAAGAUUCCCUGGUGCUCAUCAAAGAUAUGAGCAAGAAUGGCACCUAUCUUAAUGGAAAUCUAAUUGGCAAGGGUAGAACCAACAUUCUGCAGAAUGAUGAUGAGAUUGCAAUUGGUUUCAAGGGAUUGAAAGUGUACAUAUUUAAAAUCAUCUGUGACUUGGAUGAUAACAAGUAUUUGCCAGAGAAACUCAGGAAGAAGUAUCAAAUCUCUAAAUUAUUGGGAAGGGGAGCAUGUGGGGAAGUCAAGUUGUGUUUUGAAAAGGAAACUUUGAGGCCUUUUGCUGUUAAAAAGAUUGUAAAAGCCACACCAUUGAAUGGCAAGAAUAAAAUCAAUUGUCCUGAGAAGAUUGCAAGAGAGAUUAAUAUUUUAAGAGCAUUGCAACAUCCGGGUGUAGUUUCAAUGAAAGACAUAGAAGACACCGUAGACAGUGUGUUCAUCAUUCUGGAAUACAUGGAAGGCGGCGAACUCAACGGAUUAGUCGAAACAACGCAUCCGAUCAACGAAGCGCAAGCGAAACAAUUAUUCUACCAAAUCGCAGUGGCUGUCGCCUAUCUACACUCCAACGGCAUUAUCCAUCGUGAUCUCAAACCGGAAAACAUCCUGCUCAAAACCCCAUACCCGGACUCGAUCGUAAAAAUCUCCGAUUUUGGUCUGAGUCGCUUUCUUGAUGAGGAAAACGACUUCCAACGCACCGUCUGCGGUACUCCAAUGUAUGUGGCACCAGAGGUGUUGAGGCGUGAGUUGUAUGGCUAUCAAGCGGACAUCUGGAGUCUUGGAGUCGUGUUGUACUUCAUGUUAGGUAGGGAUCUGCCGUUUAAACACGAGAGGAGACUCUCACAGACAUCACAGGUUACUUUCUGUGGUGAUACUUGGCUGAGCAUCAGCGAGGACGCCAAGGAUCUCGUCCGACGCAUGUUGACCGUUGAUGUGCGAGAACGCAUCAAGAUGGAUGACCUGAUGGUGCAUCCGUGGAUUGUAGACACAGGGAUGUUGAAUAAGGUUGGUGAGUUAUUGUAUGGUGAGCAUAGCACAUUUGCAGCUUAUGACAGCGAGAGUGAUGAGUCUAUCAUUGUGGAUUCGGAUGAUGAAGCUCCGCCACCGAAACGCUCCAGGACUGAUUAACUGAUAAACUUAAAUCAUCUCAUUAUUUUUUUUGCAAUUUAGUUUGUAAGCACAGAUUUUUAUAUUUUUCUAGACGAGUAUUGUUGUUGAAAUGACGAGUAUCCAAAGAGUAUGUUAUAAUUAGACGUUCAUUAAGUUUUUCGUGAUCUCAGUGAAAGAGAUCCAAAGAGUAUUUAAUAGUAAUGUUGCAUAUUGCAUCGUGAUCUGAUUCGUAUGAGGUCCAAAGAGUAUUACAUAAAAUACGAUAUUGAUUUUGAUGUUGCUUAGGUUUAAUAAUUGUUUUUGAAGAUUUGUGAUUGAGAGUUGAGUGCAAACGCACACAUGUGGUGCGACUAACUCGUGCCUUUGAUGAUUAUGACAUUUAAGUAGAGUAUUAUUAGUUAGUAAGUUGAUUCUGUGUUGUGACAAUCCCCGAAAUCAUCAAAUUUGCUGGUUCCUGUUAUGAUUUCGUGGGAAACAUUUUGUUAUAUGCGUAAAAUUAAGCGUUACAAUAAACUACCGAUUUUUUACUACUGCUAACA